ACAACCCGGAAUCGGUUCCGGUCUCGGUGAGGUUACAGGCAGAUGAAUAAAGAUGGCGGCUACAGGAGCCGGGUCUCCUAGCAGGUUAGUCCAGUAUGUUGUGGUCCGGUCGGAUCUGGUCCACAAGCUGUCCUGGCCUCUGGGAGCCGUUAUAACUCAGGCCUGUCAUGCCGCCACCGCCGCCGUCCACCUUCACUACGGGGACCCGGACACACAGCAGUACCUCGCAGAUCUGGAUCACAUGCACAAAGUGGUGCUAGGGGCUCCGGAUGAGGCCGCCCUCUCCGGGCUAUCGGAGACCCUGACCCAGGCUGGUGUGGCCCACAAGCUUUGGAUCGAACAACCAGAGAACAUCCCCACCUGCUUGGCUCUGAAGCCGUGUCCAAAAGAGACUGUCCAGCCGCUGAUGCGCAAGUUCAAACUCUUCAAAUGAUUGCUUUGAAAGACACUGUCCACCUAUGCACUACAGUGCGUGUUAGUAUCUAAUUUCAUCCAUAAAAGGAGAACAUCUGGAAGAUGUUGUACUCUUCACCUCAGCGCACCCAAACAUCUGUAAUAGUGUCCGAGAUUAAAGUUGAAUAAUGUGAA